CCGCCUGCGCCCCCUGUUUGCUGUUCUCCCCACAGUGUGAGCGCGACAGUAAAGCAUCUGCACAAGGCGGGGCCAGGAUGGGGACGCCUGGAAAAGCCAAAACCCAGGCCGGGAUUGCUCAGGACAGAUGAAAGGGCCUCUCGGGCAUUCCAAGGGUUGUCGUUAAGCGGCAGCUUUUUCGUUAAGGCUGAGAAACCGCUGGCGGUUCCCUCUGCCAAUGGCUGUGGCCUGUGGCUCUGACGCCACAAAGAGCCCUUGUGACGGCACCGGCACCGCCUGCAUCAGGCCCGCCCGGACUGCGCCUGUGUCCUCAGGAGCCGGGAAGCUCUGGACAGUGACCUGUGCACUCCGGACGCCGAGAGAGACAGUGAGAGCCUGUUUUGGGGUAUUUGGUUUCCUUUGGGCUUAUUUAUUGUUUAUUUAUUUAAUUAUUUGUUUAGGCUAUUUAUUUUAGUUAUUUUAUUUUUCUUUCUUUGUUUUUUACCUUAUUUUCCUUGUUUUUUUUUUUUUUUUUUGUAUUUGCUUAUAGUCAGGGCUGGUGAGGGUGGUCAGCGUAGUCAAGCGCACAGGCGCUAUGUCCCAGGGACGUCAAGGGCAAAGCUACCUGGCGCUGCGGGAGCUGGGGCGGGGCUCCCACGCCAAGGUGACGCUGGCGCUGCAUGCGCUCACGGGCACGAAGGUGCUCAUCAGGGGCGUCCGCAAGUCCGAGGUGCCCGACCUCCGCCUCCUGGCCCGCGAGAUGGGGUGCAUGAAGGCCCUUCACCACCCGAACAUCGUGGAGCUCUUCCAGGUGGUGGACACCGGGCCGGAGCUGCAGCUCGUCAUGGAGUACGUGCAGGGGGAGGACCUGCAGGCCUUCCUGGACAGGCGUGGGCGCCUGGGCGAGCGCGAGGCCCGCCCGCUCUUUCGGCAGAUCCUCGCGGCCCUCAGCUACUGCCAUGCCAAAGGCAUCGCGCACAGGGAUGUGAGGCCUGAGAACAUUCUGCUGACCGGAGAGGGGAAAGUCAAGCUGGUGGACUUUGGGCUCAGCGUCCAGGCCUUCAACCGGGCGCUGAGCACGUGCUGCUGUCGCCCAGAAUACAGGGCCCCCGAGGUCUACCUUGGCCAGCGCUACAAUGGCCCCAAGGUGGACGUGUGGAGCCUGGGCGUCCUUCUCUACAGAAUGCUGACCGGCAAACUGCCCUUCAGGGCGCCCCACCUCCCGGCGGUCAGGGUGCGCGUCCUGGGCGCGUACCUCCAGCUGCCCCACUACCUCACGGAGCAGUGCCAGGACCUGCUGGCCAAAAUGCUGGAAAAGGACCCCUGGAGGCGCUGCCCCCUGGAGUGCAUCCAGCAGCACCCCUGGGUCGCAGAAACGAGCGAGGGACUCCUGCCCUUCAGCGAGCCGUGGCUCAGCCCCCAGGACCCGGCCAUAAUCAAAGCUAUGGAGCGCCUGGGCUACGAGAGGCAGGAAAUUCGGGAGGCCAUUGACGCUGACAAGUACGACGAGGUCAUGGCCACCUACCUGAUCCUCCGCUCCAGGAAGCAGGCGGGGGAGGAGGACUAUGAGGAGGAGGGGGAGGAGCGGCCCAAGCGCGUCACCUUCCGGGUGCCAAAGCGUGUCACCUUCCAGGAGCCCGGUGACCCCAAUUACAAGGACAGCCUCCCGCAGCCUGAGGUUUCGGGGAAUACCCCAAGGCCGGGUAUCCUGCGAAAGCAGGAAGUCCAAAAGAGGGGAAAGGAAGCCACCCCGGGCAAAAGGGUCACCUUUGCAGGAGUCCCUGAGCUGGAGGACGCCCAGAAGCACACCACCGCCGCAGGGCCAGGCUCCCUGUUAGAGGACGCCCUGAAGGGCAGACCCUCUGCGCUAGGCCCGGUGCUGGAGGACGCCUGGGGGGACACCAGCACCUCUGUGGCCAGACCCCAGCAGGAGGACACCAGGGAGCACAGCAGCACCUCGGUGUCAGUCCUCCAGCUGGAGGACGCUGGGGAGCACGGCAGCACCACUGAGACAGGCCCCCAGCUGGAGAGGGACCAGGAAAGCAGGGCCAGCACGAUCUGUCCAGCUCCCCAGGCCUCCAGAACCACCCUAACACCUCCCCCAAGACGUGGCUGGCCUUCCAGUGCAGUGGCCCCUUCAGCAAUCAUCAGGGCCAGAGAUAGGGUAUUAGAUAUUAUCCUAGAAUUUUGUUGCUGCUGUGCAACAUUCGAAUUGCAGAGCAACAAAGACUAAAAAUAGCACCACACCAGACAAAAGCCUCCCCACCCCCAAAGCACAACCACUCAGUGGCCAUGGGGAACAGGAGUACACCAGGGAAGGUUGAGGCUCUGGAGAGGCUCAGGGACUGGGUCCAGUCACAGGAGCCAGGAGGAGCAUGAGACCCACGGGACUGCAGCACAGAAAUCUGGGCAAAACCGAUGUCCCUGGAGCACAGAUGUCCCUGGAGCAGAGCAGGUGAAGGCCAGGAGGGCCACGGAACUGGUGAACCACCUGGAGGGGAGCAGAGCGGACAGCUGCUCCAAGAACACGC